AUGUCUCACGCCGACCCAACCCCGGAAGCCCCAAGCGCAGCAAGCGCAGCAAGCCCGGAUUUCGUUCCCCCGCCGGCGGCCUUCCUUGCCGAACUCCAAUCGGUCACCUCCCAGGAAACACUCAUGCUCAAGCUCCAGUCGGACAAACUCGAUUGCCUCCGGACCGUCUCGAGCUAUGUGGACCGACUCUUGCAUGAUUUCGAAGGAUCGGCGGGGAAUGUGUGGGCCAUGUACUCGAGACGGCUGGCCGACUGCGAGCGUUCUAUCAGGCAGGAGUCUGCGCAGUAUGAUACGAUGACGAAGCUUGUCGCGGAUUCGCGGCGGCUGAGGGCGGAGAUGCUGCGGAGCCAGAGCGAACAGCGGCAGCGCGCGGAGCAGACAGUGAUGCUGAAGGAGAUGGAUCAGCUGCGUGAUGAUGUGCGGAGGGGGGCUCUGGCCGAGGUGGAAGCCCUCCGGAGGCAGCUGAGUGAGGAGAAGAGGCUCCAUGAGGAGGUGCGACUAGCAAGAGAUCAGCAGAGCUCUGAGCGGACUGAUAGGGAGAAGGAACUUGGCAAAGUGACAUUGGAGGUUGAGCGGCUCCGGGAAGACCUCACUGAGGAGAAGAAGCUGCACGAGGAGACACGAUUGAUGAGAGACCGGCACAUUUCUGAGCGGGAUGAGAAGGAGAAGGAACUCCGCAAGGUGACUUGGGAGGUCUUGAAACUCCAGGCGCAGCUGAGUGAGGAGAAGAGGCUCCAUGAGGAGGUGCGACUAGCAAGAGACCAGCAGAGCUCUGAGCGGAAUGAUAGGGAGAAGGAACUUGGCGAAAGGACUUUGGAGGUUGAGCGGCUCCGGGAACACCUGACUGAGGAGAAGAAGCUGCACGAGGAGACACGAUUGAGGAGGGACUGGUUUUCUGAGCAGAAUAAUAAACAGAAGGAAGUCUGUGAGGAGUUGCACAAGGAGAAUAAAGCGUUACUUGAGGAAAUAUCCCAGGGGAGGGAGGUGCGCGAAGAGACGAAGAGCGAGAUCGAGAAGCUCCGUGCGGAGCUUCUGGAGGAGAGAGAACAUGUUCGUGAAGAGAUAAAGGUCGAAAUGAAGCUACAACAGGCAGAGCAGGAACGAUCGAGACGGGCGCUACUGGAGCAGCAGGCGAAGCAAAGCCGAAGAGCCGAGCAGACAACCGCGCGAGAUUGA